AUGGACUGUGCCCGCCUCAACUUCUCGCAUGGUGAUCACGAGAGUCAUGCGCAACUCGCGAAGAUGGUGCGCGAUGCCUCUGCGAAGGCAGGUAGACCGAUCGCUCUGCUGGCCGAUCUUUGUGGGCCGAAAAUGCGGGUCGGUCGUUUUGAGAACGGAUCGAUCGAGCUGGAAGAAGGGCAGCGUUUCACGCUAACCAACCAACCGGUCAGCGGUGAUAAGGAGCGCGCCUCCCACUCCUACGAGCCCUUGCCCCGCGAUGUGGUGCCGGGUCAGGCGGUGUUGUUGGACGACGGGCUGCUCCGCCUCCGCGUGAUGGAGGUCUCCGACACCGAUGUGGUCUGCGAGGUCGAGGUCGGCGGUACGUUGUCGGAUCGCAAGGGCAUCAAUAUCCCGGGCGCCAACCUCAGCACGCCGGCGCUGACCGACAAAGAUCGUGUCGACCUUGAGUUCGCGGUCAACACCCUCAAGGUGGACUACUUGGCGCUCUCGUUUGUGCGCAACCCCGAUGACGUCAAGCAAGCCCAGCUGCUCUCGAAGGGGACACCGGUCAUCGCGAAGCUGGAGAAGCCCGAAGCGAUUGAGAACCUAGAGGCGAUCUUGGACGUCGCGGAUGGCGCGAUGGUCGCGCGGGGAGACCUCGGGGUGGAGGUGGGCUCGGAGAAGGUCCCGCUAAUUCAAAAGCGCAUCAUCCGCGAGGUCAACAAGCGCGGGAAGCUCGUCAUUACCGCUACGCAGAUGCUGGACAGCAUGAUUCGCAACCCCCGACCCACGCGCGCGGAGGCGGCCGAUGUGGCCAACGCGGUGCUCGACGGCUCGGACGCAUUGAUGUUGAGCGGGGAGACCGCUGCCGGGAAAUACCCCAUUGAGGCGGUGUCGAUGAUGGACGCGAUCGUCCUCGAGGUGGAGCGCGAGAUGCUUCACUCGGCGACAGCGCGGGUAGCCGCCCCUACCGACCUGGCCACCGAGAUGGAAUGGCGCUCGGCGGACUCAGCGGCCCGCGCGGCGGCGAUGCUCUCCUAUGCGCUGCCGCUCAAAGCGUUGGUGACGUUCACGCGCGAUGGUCGGACGGCGCGGCUCAUCUCAGAGUACCGUCCUCGUUCGGUGAUCGUCGCGAUCACUGCGCUACAAAAAAUCGCCAACCGUAUGGCGCUAGAGUGGGGCGUGAUCCCGCGCUUCGAGAUCCCUCCCGAGGACAUGCAAGAGACGUUGCGCAUCGCGUGCGCGCUGUUGGCGCGUGAGGGGCUGUGCGAGAUGGGCGACGAAUUCGCGCUGGUGAUCGGCUGGCCACCUUCGGGGGGGACCAACACCAUCAAGCUGCAUCGCCUCUAA